AUGGAAGAUAAAUCAUUUGAUUCCUUAAAUAGUAGUAUAAGUUCAAGGAAGACUUCAAAUUUCUUCCCUAAGCUGGCAAUUUCUACCCCCAACUUGAAUACUUAUUCCACUCCUAUGACACCAAUUAUUAAUCACAAUCCUUCCGGAGUUAAUUUUAAUCAAUUGAAUCAAGCUUUAAACAAUUUACCAAAUUUAUCAAAUUCAUCAGUUAGUCACCAACCAACCCCUAAAAGCUUUAGCCUGGGUUAUGGUGGUGGUGGUGGUGGUGGUUCAUUCAACGGUAAUGGGAUGUCGUCUUCUACGUAUAGUAGUCACACGAAUCAUUCCAAUCAUUCCAAUUAUUCCCUCGUCUCCAAUCCUGGUGCCAAUUCAAAUCCCUCCUUUAACUAUGGGAAUGGAUCUUUAGGUAACGGAUAUGGUUCAAACCAAUCUACACCUAUUUUUAAUGAUUUUGAGUUUGAAGUGAAAUCUCCCGAUAAACGAGCUUCGAGUUUCAAUGAUAUUUGGAAGAAGCCCCUUGAUGAUUUCAACUUUCCCUUAGAAUCUACAUUCGAAUCCACUUUAGAAUUAGGGAGGGAAUUGGAGAAGAGUUAUUUGGAUUUAAACAGUAACUUGAGUAGUACCCUCAACUUUGUGUUGGAAGAAUCAGAUCUAGCACCCGAUCAAUUACCAGAUUCAAAUAUUUAUAAGAAAAAGUCUAGAUCUUAUUCGUCAAAUCAUAAUUAUGUUUAUAAUGGUCAAAAUUAUAGUCCUGAACUAUUCCCCUUGUCGGUACCCCAAUCUAAUUAUCAUACUUCAACACAAUCAAGUUUCCAAUCUAUGAAUUCGGCUAGUUCUCAAUCAAGUUAUCCUAUCAAUAGCCUUGGUCAUUUAGGGCCUGCGAUAGUAGGGAAUGGCAGUGCAGGUAGUGGUAAUUCAGGGGCUGGACCUCAAGGUAGCUUUAGUAGUCCUAAUCCUGCAACAUAUGGCAAUCAAGGAUAUGGGUAUUCAUAUUCUAAUCAAAGAACUUCCAUAUCAUCAGUUCAUACCACAUCUUCAGUCCAUUCUAUUGGUCCUGUGGAUUCCAUAGACUCUGUCAAUGGCUUUGAGAUGUCAACCAACCCCCUUAGCUUCGAGAAUGAUGAAAUCCUCAUCAAACUACCCAGACUGAAACCUUUAGCUCAACCAACCCUCAAUAUUCAAAAAUUUAAUGAAUCUUUCAGCUCAACUUUUUACAAAAGAAAUAAGAACGGUUAUAUGUACAUCAAAGAACUGAAUGACGAUUUGAUCAAGCUUGAUGAUUAUUUCUUUAAAAUCGAUAUUAAACUCCGAAGAGAUAAAACAAGCUUAACAGUAGAUGUCAAUGAUAUUAUUGGCAGUGAAUUUAUAAAUGAUUUCAAAAUUGUCAAGAAAAAACCCAUGAAAAAGUACGAUUAA